AUUGCAGUCGGAGUCCUCUCAAAAGACAAAAGCAGACAUGGCCGCCUCAGGUCAGCUGCACACAGUGUGUUCCCGGCCUGCCCGCUUGGAGGUGCGGCUCCCAUUGUAUUGUCAUCUGGACCGUGGCUGCUGGGGACAGUCAAAGCGGCAGCAUGUCAUCGCCUUCACCAGCCCAUCUCCAGCAGCACAAACAGUCCUCCCAGCUGGUCCUCUGGGGACCAGCUGUCACAGCGACGUGGUGGCACCAUCCCCAGGCAGCUGACCAUCCUGGGCUUCUCUUUGGGCAGGCCUGGGCCG